CGCGAGUAUGAUGUGGCGCAAAUUCAUCCCACCUGACAGGGCAGACUACAUCCCUUUUACCCUAUUUGCACUUUUAUUCCCCACCUCAAUAGGCAUCCAGUUCACACUACUCCUUCCCAAGAUAUUCGAUGGAAUGACCUUGAGUGUCUCUUAUGCAGUUGUCAGUUAUCUCUCUGUUGCAAUCUACUUCUGUUGGUUUAAACUCAUCACAACAGAUAGCACAACUAGAGGUGUCAUGUUACCCUUUGUGCAGAAGCCAGAGUGGAAGUUCUGCUGGAUCUGCAACCAGAACUCGCCUCCUAGAAGCUACCAUUGUCAAAGGUGUAAUAUCUGUGUGUUGCGCUUCGACCACCACUGCUACUUCACUGGAAGGUGUGUUGGCUUCACAAACUACAGAUACUUCAUCAGCAUCAUAGCUCUUCUGUGGAUUCUUUGUCUGCUUCUGUUGACCACCAACUUCGACUAUGUCAUCACUGAGUGUGGGGGGUUGAACUGGAGAACACUUCUAGUCAUAUUCUUCCCCUCAAUCGCCUGGCUGUUUGGACUUACCAAGGAGUUGCCCUUUCUGAUAGUACUAGUUUUGCUGCUCAGUGUGGUCGCGUUUCUCUUCUCAACUUACCUACUGCUGUAUCACUCGGCCUACUUGCACUCUGGCCUAACGACUUACGAGAGAAACCGAAAGCUAUCCAAGUACAGAUGCAAGUCAAAACACACCAACGUACAGUCAGUGUUCGGAACUAAACUACACUGGUCCGUGCUCAUUUUCGUCCCAUAUCUUCCCGUGAAACUAAAAGGCGAUGGAACCACGUUUGAAGUACUAAAUUUCACAACUACAAACACUCUCUAGAUUUUGUUGUUCAGUUUAAUCUUAAAAGCUUAGUUUGAAAUGCUCCAAUCAAGAUAAUACUGUACAUUUUUACAAUAUCACUUUGAUGUUUCCUAAUUUGUGUACAUUUCCUAUUAUUUUCUAUUUUGUUGCAACCUAUUUAAUUAUAUUUUGAAGUAAAUAUAAAUCU